CUCGAUCUUGUUGACUACGCAGUGAUCAGGUGGUGUGACCAUUCCUACAUCCAUUAAUGGCGGCGCGUUUCUCCUUGAUGGGCGAGCGGCGGGAGCGCCGCGGCAACUCCGUGGACACUGCCGUCGAAGAAUUGAACCGUCAACUGGUAACCGAACCUCAUGUCGAGCCCAUUCAUGUCUUCUAUGGCCCGCGCUCCGAUACAGACACCGCCGAGGACAAACCCGUGCUGCACACGGAGCGCAAAAUCCACAAGACGCGGGUGACGGUGUGGAUGGAAUCAGAGCCAAAAGAAGAGAAUCACUCGGUAGAGGCCUCGGGCGCGUCGGCGCCGUUCGCGCGUCGGGGCUCGUUCAACUCUCGGGUGCAAGCCGCGGGCAAGUACUGGGGCGCCAAGGUACUCCAGGCCGUGGGGAAGGGCAAGGAACAUGACCUGCCCGUCCACCCCGACUCGUUCUGCGAUGGCUGCGGCAUGGAUCCCAUCAUCGGGUCCAUGUUCACGUGCUCCAGUUGCGCCAACUACCACCUGUGCUCGAUGUGCUACCGCAACGGCAUCCACGGGUUUGAAACGUCCAAGCUGUUGCAAAAGGUCAAGAGUGACUACCAGGUUGAGAACACGGUCGAGCAGUGCAAGCACCGCGUGCCGGAGGAGGUCUUCUCGGAUCUAUUGCACCACGUAUGCCAUGGCCAAGUCGAUAAGUUCAAGUUCCUGGCCAACUGGAUUUGCGGCGUCGUCAACGGACACUCCCUCGCGCAGCUGGCCGUGCGCGGCAUCGAGAUCCCGCACCUGCAUCCGUCCACCCGCGCCCGGUUCGUGUCGCUCCUCAUGCCCGCGCUUACGGAACGCCAAGACAUGGAAGUGUCGAUGGAGUGGUUUGUUCCGCCGACGGAACCAGAUCGCCAAACGCUUCGCAUUUGGGUGUGCACGGACAAAGAGACCAAGUCGCCAUUCGCCCCCAAGAAACCGCCGGGGGCCCCCGCGAGUCCGAGUGUGGUCCUCACGCCGACCACGGCGGCGGCUACGCGGCUCGCGCCGGAGCACCCGACGGACAUGGGUGGCAUGCUGUCUCCGCCGCUGAUGUCUCCUGCAAACCCCGACUUGUCCCCCGUCAAAGCCAAACAAACUCCAGCCUUGACGACCUCUGUGCAGGUCGAACUCAGUCCUAGCCCCAGUCGGCUGUCGACAGUGUCGAAUGUUUCGUCUACCCCCAACAGCCCUGGCCAGUCGAAUAAGUCGGAGCUCCGCCACUCGGAAAGCAUGGACGGGCCGUGUACGCCGCGGUUUUCCCAACACAAUGAUGUGGUGACGACAUAUGAAGAUGUGGACGUCGAGCUAGACGAGACGAGUUUGCAGCCGUUGUCACCUCUGGUUGUGACGACAAAGGUAAUGACUAUGGAAGACAAUGAGAUUCACACACCACACCCGGUGGGCAGCGCUCACCAUAGCUUUUAAUGUUGAUCAAUGCACACCCUGACCUGGUAUAUACGAAUAGAGUUAUACUAGUUUAACAGCAAAACUAUAGACAAC